GCAGCCCCUGAAUACCUGCCCCUGGGUACCACACACGCGGCCCGGAUCGCGAUAGUGCGCCAGCCAUCGCGAUAGAAGUACCGUCAGGGGAGAGGGGGGAUUGCGGUCGCAGUGCGAGCACAUCCUUUGUGUGAUUCUUUCCCCAAGAAAAGUGUCCUUUUGCGAGAGAAUCGCAAGCUGGUCUGGGUUGGAAGGGACCUUAAAGACCAUCUCUCGUCCCAGCCCCCCCGCCAUGGGCAGGGCACAGGUAUCGUCAGUAAAUCAUCCGUCGUUUUUAUUCCCUACCAACCGAUUUUCAAGCGUCUGAAGAAGAAGAAGAAGAAGGAGAAAACUGCAGAGCUGGACUCCUCUGUUCUCAGUCCGCUCGUGCAGCAAAGUGUUGAAAUGGUUUUGGUUCUGCAGUGUGUGAACCUCCCCGAGCAGCACCUGCGAGAGCUCACGGACGCCUCACCCUCCCUUGGGGACACUACACAGAAAAUGAGAUCUGCACAGUAUCCUACCCCAGCAGAAUUGGAUGCUUAUGCUAAGAAGGUCGCCAACAAUCCACUGACUAUAAAAAUUUUUCCAAACAGCGUCAAGGUUCCCCAGAGGAAACACAUACGCCGUACUGUGAACGGACUUGAUACUUCGGGCCAGAGGUACAGUCCCUACCCAUCUCAGGCCACCACGAAAACGGGCCUCCUGGCCAUAGUCAAAUCUCCAGCAAAAGGAAUUAUCAAAGACUUUGACGGGACACGCACGCGCCUGCUGCCGGAAGCGAUGAUGAACCCCCCUUCCACGCCCUACGUUGCACCAAGCACUUUAACCCACCCCCAGGCGCUUGCUCGCCAGCAGGCUCUCCAGCAUGCACAGACUUUGCCGCACCCCCAGGGCAUCCCGCAGCACCCUCAGGGUAUUCCACAGCCACAAAGCUUACCGCACCCUCAGGGGAUCCCGCAGGCGCUGCCGCACCCGCAGAACAUGCAGCAGCCACAGGGCUUGCAGCACCCUCAGACCAUGGCACACCAGACUCUGCAGCACCCCCCGAAUCCUCUGCUGCAGCCGGGUUUACAUGGAAGCAGAAAGAUGCCGGAUGCAGAUGCGCCGCCGAAUGUGACCGUGUCUACCUCAACCAUUCCCCUCUCUAUGGCUGCCACCCUGCAGCAGAACCAGCCACCGGACCUGAGCAGCAUUGUGCACCAGAUUAACCAGUUCUGCCAGGCCAGAGCUGGCAUUAGCACUACCUCAGUGUGUGAGGGACAGAUUGCAAACCCCAGCCCUAUAAGUCGCAACCUGCUUAUCAAUGCAAGUACCAGGGUAUCUACUCACAAUGUCCCUACACCCAUGCCUUCCUGUGUAGUAAACCCUGUCGAUCAUGCUGCUGCUGCUAUUCCUCCUGCCUCUGUUAAUGUGCCCAUGGUGAAUAUUAACAGGGUGCCGCCCGCCUACCAGAACGAAAUCAAAUCGGUUGCGUGGAACCAGCACCAGCUUGCACAUCUGCAGCAAAUGUGUGGGGAUGCUGCUGGGCCUGCUGGACUCGCAGGGAAGCACCCUCAGAGAGAGAUCGCAGGGCAGAGUUUUCCUGGCAAAACUUCCAACUACCCUCAAGAACUGUGCAUGGGCCAGUCCUUCAGCUUGAAACCCCCCAUCGAGAAGCCUACACCUUCUCCGCCUGUGAACGGGUUGCAGGGACCCUUGCCAUACACCAAUGGGCACUAUUUCCAGCCCAUCUGGAAUAACAUUCUGCCCACGCCCAACAGUGACAGCUCUGGGUCCCAGGACCUCGCCAUGCCUUUCCACGGGGGACAGCCAGCGGGAGCACCGCUGGAUUGUGCAGGAGGAACUCAUUACAGAGCUGGAGCUGGCCCAUCCAGCCAGAAUAAUGUGAUGCAGACCAUGGAUUACCUAAGCGGGGACUUCCAGCAGUCCUGCUUCCGAGACCAGAGCAUGGCCGUGCUGGGAAAAGUCCAUCGGCCUCCCAUGAACCGAGCACCUGAACCAACCGAUAGUCGAAAUCUUCAUAUUCAACACCCAGGGUAUAGAUAGGCUGCAGUCACUUUCACAGACAAAAAUUAUAGGUUUUAGUCUUAAUUUUAAUUAAUAAGCAAGGCGUUUUUAACUUGCAAACUUGUGUGAUCAUUAUAGUAACCAUUGGAAGAAGACAUACUGUAUAUUUAAGAGCUUUGCUUACAUGUUAUCUCUCUCUCUCCUUUAUGCAUCAAAUAUUUAACAUGCCUUUUGUGUCAAAGAAUUUCAUUACACUACUUCACGUCACAGCUGUUUUCUCACCGCAGAAUCCCCUUUGUGCAGCUUUUGCCUUCUGCUGAGCAGCUCCUCGCUGGACUGAGGUUGAGUUGCUGCAGGGUUUCGCAGUUGCAUCUGUUCACCAGCUCCAGUGAGAGCAAGGUAGUGUAGCUGCUUCCAUUUCCAUCUCAAUUUCCUCCAAGAUUAAGAGCAACAGAAUUUUGUCAGGGAGCAGGGCUUAUUUUCAACUCGAAAGCCCAUUUCAUUAAUGCAUUAAACAUUGACCAUUUGCACUGUCUAGAGGCCUGUGUAAUUGAAAAAGAGCCUACAUCUGAAAAGAGCCAGCUAGGGGUAUGUACUUAGGCAUUAAUAUAGGAAGAAGCUUUCCAGCUGUUUCUUGCCCAUGUUUAUCAUUUAGACUUUGUCCAAAGUCAAAAGUCUCUGGCAGAUUUUUCUGACACUUUUGUUUUCUGGACAGGGUGUGGAGGAGGGGGAUGAUGAGUUAAGGACACAGGCAGCAAGGCUGCCACAGGGAGCUGCCUUUCUUUUGCGUCGUGUUUCCCCUCCCCACUCCCCUUCUCCAGUGUCAAAGCUAACCUUGUCUGAACCCCUCGCUGCUAGGAGUCUGGCUGUCCUGAUGUGAAGGGAGUCCAGACCCACUGACAACUCCAAAAAGGGUUCAGCCAUUUCUCUGGGAGCUGGAAUUAAUGUCAGGGUGAGGAGAUGCAGCUCCAUCCUGUCCCCAUUGCGGCAGCGGGAUGGGAGGUGGUUGAUUUUGAAGCAAAGCUCCUCUCACGAGCCACUGUGGGACCAACAGUCCCAUGUUCCUCUCCAUCAGAACACCCCAGCGGAUUUAAUGGAACAAUUUUCCUCUCUGGGAAUUAGCGAAGCUAUUUUUAACAUCCCUUUUUCCCAGGGUCUCGGUGCCUAACUCCUUCUGUUCCUUUCCCACGUCACUUCCAGCAGCUGGUCGAGUGACUGUAGGACACUAACUACUGGGUAACCUCAGCAUUGUGUUCUCCUCAGUGUACCAAAACAUCCCUUUCCUUUCUAACAGCUGAAUUUAUUGUAAGUAGAAAAUUCCUCAUCUCUGUUAACGAGACUAAUACUUGAACAUAAUGAUCACAGUCAAGUUUGGAAAUUAAAACAAAAAAAGAAAAAAUUAAAAAAAAAAAAAAGCAUUGAUUCUUUCUAUGUACACUGGCUAAAAAUAUUGCUCUACACUGUAACUUUUAAGUGUAAUAUUUCUGUAUGAAUGUCGCCUGGUAGUGUGGGUUUGAGUAGCAUUGUGUAUGGGUGAACCCACUGGCCUCUGCCAUCCACUGGCCUCCCUCACAGCCCUUGGAAAAACAAAGCCUUAAGUAUUUGCUCCUUGAACUUUCCUUAACGAGCAUGGUUUAAAAAUCUUAAAAAGACAUCAUACAAAAUUUAAAAAAAAAAAAAAAUUAAAAAAAAUAACAAGUUUUGAAGUGACGUCAUAGUUGGCUAGAGAUUCUUAAAAGUUUUUCGUAAAUGGGAAAAUUAGAAAACAUUUAUUUGUAUUUUUUUAAUUUAGACGUGUAGUCCUGGGCUGUAACAAAUAUUUAGGUUUCAAAGCUUAGCAGAGUACGUUUCUGACUCCUUGCGUAAGUUAGUACACUUAUAUCAUGUCAUUAUUUAAAUUCUUUUAAGUGUACUAUAACCCGUUCUUUAGUGGUAACUCCUUAGCAAAGUUAAGCAAUUUGACUAAAGACGGAUUAAAUUAUGUGUUGGCUUGUGUUGCCUUAUAUUUAAAAAGGAAAAAUUGCCUGAUUGUGUUAUGCCAAAUGAUAGCAACAUGAAGUCCUAAUUUAUUGUUUAUAAUCGUAUUCCUGCAGUCUUUGUGAAAACUGGUAAAUAUACAUCUAUGAAAGAAAGAAAAUCCUGAGGCUUUUCAUGCAAUAUUUUUCUGAAUCCAUUCUGUUGGAGCCAGAGUUUGAGUCUGAAGCUGCUUCCCUUACAGUCACCCUGUCGUCUUCCCCGUCCCUUCCCCAAACCCAGCGAGGGCUGUGCUCUGACCUCACCCCUCCCUGCCCAGUCAGUCCCUGUAAGGUGUUCUGCUACCUGAGUACGUACCUUUUUACUAAAUAAAACCUUGGCAUCUCCUCUGUUCUGUAGCCUGCUCCAAAUCUCAACCCAGACUGUUAUUAAAGGCUAAUUUUUAACUCCUGCUCUUCUCCCGAGAGCCUGAGCAGAGUCCUGUGCUGUGGUGGUGGUGGUUGCGGUGCCCGGGAAGUGUUUGUUGGUGUUGGCAGCACAUUGUGAGUUUUUGGGGACUGUUCUGCACGGGCAGUCACAGGUACAGCCACGACCUCCGAGGCUUUGCCCCGGUGCAGCAGGACCGGGAAGCAAAAAUCCUGCUGAGACUCAUCCAGGUGGGACAUUGCUUGAAAAAUAAGAAUCAUUUUACUAUUAAAAUAUACUGAAACCUUU